AUGACCCAGCUCAAAGAUUGGGUUCAUCUAACAGUCUCGUCUGCAUUGCACAGCGCGGUAUGGGACUGUUACGAGCUUCCUUCGGGGAUCUCGGCGGGGCAAUUUUUGCUGGUCUGCUUUCGAGCUUUUCAUUGAUUCCAUCGCCCUGGCGGUGGAUUGAGGAAGAGCGUACACGUUAUGUUGCCGUUUCGCUUGCGUGUGCAGUCAAACCCACCAGGAUUUUGAGCACAACAUGGGAAGAGAUCUUUGAUUCGAUGUGUACUACCCAUGACAGCCGCAUACCGCAUGCUCUCUAAUUCUGAGAGAGCCUCGUUCUCGCUAUACGCGAUUUCUGUAGUGUUUGAUCACCUCGCGAUUAGCAAACGUCGCGAUGAGUUUGCCGCAAGCCCUGAGGGGCGGCCUACACAAUCCAGCCUCUUCAUGUCGCGUAAUUAAGGGCUUCGCUUCUCUACUGGCAUUUUCAACAUGAGCGCGAUUCUCAAUGCCGCGCAUACAUUGUCCAGCUUCAUACCAGCGAGUUGCGAGUCGGUACAGCACCAGUGGCUACCCAAAGACGUGCGCAAAUUGGUCUGGUAAUGCUAGGGCGGCGCCGUUCUUCGGGGCUGCCACGUCAACAUCCAAGCUUUACCAUCUUCCUGUAGUCGACACAGCUUCAACGAA